AUGGAACGCGGUAAGGUAGAGAGAGUUUCGGCAGAUGAGUUAAGUGAAGUAGAUUCAUCUUUCAACCAACAAGAAAGUCCGCGUUUCCCUCCAUGGACGAGUUCACAGAUCAAUGCAAUGAUUUUGCCUCAAACUCGCAACAUUUGUGAUAAUACACAGAUGGCGACUUUAAAUGACGAAAUGUGUAAUGGACGCGAGACUAGACCGUCAGCGCCAUUGUUAACAUCAAUGUCAGAACCGAAUAUGAGACAAAUUCAGCAAUGUGACACAAAUCGGACACAGGAGACUGACAAACUGGACCGACUAUUCGAGUUAUUUGCAGACAUGAAACGAGACGUUAGUCAGAAAAUUGACGCAAAACUGGACGCACUUGGUCAGGACUUUAAACAAAGGCUAGAUAAAAGCGACGAAAAAUUUGACGUAUUAAACCGUACUAUGACCGAAAAUUUUGAACGAACGACAAAACAGAUGACAGAAUUAAAUAACACCACUCAAAAGCUCAGCCAGAGAUUUGAGACUUUGUCCAACCGAGUCACUAAACAGGAAGAAACUUUGGUUACAUUCACACAUGAAACAAAAAACAAUAUCGCCCGAUGUGAGAAUCAGUUAACGCAAAUAGUUAAUGUGCAGCAGGAAGUGAACACCCGUGUGGAAGAGUUAGCUCAGGCCCACACUUCAGCUAGCUCCACCCAAGGAAAGUUGACUGAAGAAGUGGGAAAUAUUACCCAACAACUCACAAUGGUAGUUCUUGAACAAACCCACCUCAAAGAAAAGAUAGAAAAAUUAGAAGACCGAGCGGACCUCGCGUCACUAAACAACGACACCAACAUGGCCGAAAGAAUUGUACAUGAAUGUAAAUUGUGUGACGACUAUCUGGACAAAAAACUUGAAACAAUUACACAGGACAUACUUUCAAAAACAAAGACACAUGUUAAAGACGGGCCAAAAACUACAGAAGACGAAGUGACAAAAUUACGAGACAAUGGUGUGCCGUGUUUGGCGAUUGGUGCAAACGCAUCGCUAGGAAACGACAAAACAGCUAAAACCAUGGCUAAUGACACAGACAGAACACCUAUUGUGAAAUCACCUAUUUCCAAUCAAAAUUACAAUGUGCCGCCUUCUUUUCCACCAAACGAGCAAUAUUACGACACGACACCUAGAGUAGCAAGUGACACAAACUACGUCAAUACAGUUAUGCCAACCGGCAUGGCCGAUGACACAUUAAUAGGAGUACCGGAGAAUGACGUUAAGACUUUCUUAAACUUCUUAGAUCAAAUGGACGUAGUUUACAGAGGCGAUUCACGCCAUUCAAAUUUUAUUCAUAUUAGUAACCAAAAUCAGCACCCACCCCAAAGGAACCGUAGUGACGGUGGUUGGUGGAACCAUCCGUCCGCGCCGCGACACAAUACGAUGCCAGCGCGCGAAACAUAUUCAAAUGGAAACGUGUAUGACAGUAGGAACAACCGCAGAUAUUCGUGGAAUAAUAAUAAUAAUAAUAAUUAUCACCCAUAUCAAAAUGGUAACUACAAGCAAAAUGAAAAUUACAGGCAGUACAACAACAACAACAAUAGGAGACGUGAGAAUAACCGGUACAACCCGGGCUACUUUGACAGGAACGUGACAUAUAACAGACAUAAUUACCACCAAAACAUUAGCAAUCCCAACAAUCACCGACAGAAUAUGUGGAACACACAAAAUUCACGCAUGACAAAUCAUAACCCUCCACGGAAUCCGCCCCGUUCCCUAGUACAGUUAUGCACUCCCCGCCACGAAGUAGCAAUAACAAUUGCGGCGCGCCAUCAGCUGACGCGUGGGCGCCAACCGGCCGGAAUGUAA